AUGGAGAUGGCUCAGGUGAAGACACGAGCUCGAACUGCAUUGGCCGUUGGAGCUUCUGCAACUUCACCGAAGAGAAGAAGAACCGCUGUCAACAACAACAGCAACAACAUCUCACCAUCCUCCUUCGUUCAACUCAAGAGUUUGAGUAAUACAUCCGCGCCAGAAACGGAGGAACGCUGUUCCGGCGAAUCUUCGGCGUCGUGUUGUUCCAGCAACGGAUCCUUCGACGAAAACCGAAUCAUCAAAUUUUCAGAUCUAGAGGUAGAGAACGCGCAAGUGGAAAUGCCGACGUGCAGUUGCGGUGAACAACAAACAAGGAGAGAGAUGAGUCUAUCGAGCGAGCUUCGAAUUACAAAUUCGCAGGAGGUGGACUCAGCGGAGAAGAAGAAGCCAACGACGCAGUCCAAAACCAAAUCUCGCCAUGUUUCAUCAGCGGCGCAGAAAAUGCCGACGGAGUCGGAGCUCGAAGAAUUCUUCGCCGCCGCGGAGAAAGACAUUCAGAAAGUCUUCUCAGAAAAGUAUAAUUAUGAUAUUGUGAAGGACGUGCCCUUGGAAGGACGAUACGAGUGGGUGAAAUUGAAGCCAUAA